GAAUGUUUCUUUUACCAGGGUUUGGUGAGGAUCAGAUAAAAUAAAACCAUCUCUGGCGAGGAAAAUAUACAAAACUCUCGGGUUUGCUCCCCAACUAAGAAGAAGCGAAGAAACAACAUUCGUGAUCUUCCCCUUCAAAUUAUUGCUAAAAUGUCACCGGCUAUGUCUCUAGAAUAAGGUUAAGAAAAGGGUUUACCCAUUAUGGGGUUCUAAUUCCCUAACUAAUACUGUAAAGAGGAGGCAGCAUUGGUUCUGUUUUUGCUUGGCUUCCCUAAUGAGCUAAAGAAAAAAAUAAAUGUUUGGAUCCUUAAUUUGCAUAUCAAGGGAACGAGAUGUGAUGACUAGGUGAAGAAGUGAAGUGUGAGAGCUGUACUAGCUGCAGGUUAGGCGAUAGGCGGUUUCAGUCUUCUGUCAGGUCCGAUAUGGCCUAAUAAAGGAGAACUUGGUUCGGCUAGGUGCUAUUUCUCCGAAGGGAAACAGAUGCAGAGAGAGUUUAGCGCUUGUAUGAUUAAACAACCUAGGUUUAUACUUAUUGGUGAUGGUGUGAAAAAAGAUGUUGAAAGAGUAGGAAGAAGGUUUAUUCUGCUGAAGUAGGCUCAUGGGGGUGCAGCCCUGUUUUCACAAGCAUCCCUAACUUUAUCGCGAAUCACCUAUCAUGACUGUUCAUAUACAAUAAGUUCGGGGGAGUCGGUCCUAAGGAAGUUGAGGCUGUAGUGUGUUUAUUGCUUGAGAAAAAGGUUAAGGAGAGUGCAUCCGGUGCACUCCGGGUUAACAGGCCACUUCUAAAUAAAGUUUGCUGCCUGACUGGCAGAGGGAGAAAGCAAUGGAUAGCAGAUCCUUAAGGGCCACCCACUUUUCCAUAAAAAGAGCCGCUAUGUAGCGGAAUCGGAACUUGUUUAAAUUAUGAAAGUCAGUACAGAUUUGGGGUAAAAUGGAAAUUUUGGUUGGCGGUUAAGCGUCCCUUCCCUGCAGCCGGCUCCGCUGCUUUUUGGAUCGUUCUAUGAUGUUUUUCUUUCCAGUUCAGUCAUAUGCACACAGAAUCAGUUCUAAUUCUAGUUAGUCUGCUUAUGUGUUAAAUUGGGGGUACAGAAGGAGAAAAUUCAGAAAAUGCAGCCCACUGGGGAUUUCCCUUCUAGCAGCAGCCAGUUAUCUUGUCCUCAGAGAGUGAUUUGGUUUGUCCUUUUUAGAGAUUUUCCCCUCCAUUUCUUCCCUCUCCCUGUAGUGCUAGGUGUAAAUAAUCUUCUUUAUAUAACUAUCCCAGCCUAAAGUAUUGUCCUCGAUAAUUUUGAAUCCUAUUGGAUAAUUAUUGCGUAAGUCAUUGUCCGUUUUAAAGGUAUUAAUUUUUAUUAUAUGAUUAUAUUGACUGUCACCUUAGUCUUAUAAUGUGAAACAGCAACUGUAGCACCUGAAUUAUCAACUUCAAAUAAAAAGCUCCUCCAUAUUCUCAUGCUGUGAACUUGACACUUGACUCAUCGAUAGCUACUGGCCACUUUUGGAAAUUAUAGGUUAAUACCUUUACCGCAGACGCAUAAAACAACCGCGUUCUAAAUUAUUCACAGAUAUGUUUCAACAAUACAUACAAUAAAAUGUCUUCUGUAAAAUCUAAAGUAUCAUAUAUAUUUUUAGUAAAGGGAGAUGCUAAAUAUAUAUCUUAAAACAAAAUAAUGAUUUAUCAAACACAGGCAACUAAUUAUUCUUGGUCUGUUACAUUUUUUCUGUGUUUGUAUUACAUAGUUCCUGCAAUUUUUGCUCUUCCUACGGAAAUUUAUUGAUGUUUUGACAUUUAAUUAGUCAGAUCACGAGAGUAGGAUGCAACCUCAUGUAUAUGUAUGUGCUUACAUUUAACGUCUUUUGUAAUGCUCUACUAUGACAGAAAACUAGAGAUUUAUUUUCUUUUGAAAUUAGACAAAUCCUGUCAGAUUCCCCUAGGUGAGCAUAGGAAAGCCUACGUGUGUUUCUUGUUUGUUUUUGGAAAGGCACUGCAUAAAAAAGAAAGGAGGAAAUAAUUUCAUUUCUUAAUGUAGGAUACCUCACUCCCCAUCAAUGCUGUUCCUUCGAUAUCUUGAGAGCAGGUACAGAAAUGAAAUUUUAAUUUAAGAUUAAACCCAAAUGUUCUUGACUGUCGGGGGAUAAAUCGAGGAUUUGUGGAUUUCUGCCACCGGGCGCUUGUUCGCAGGAUCAAAAACAUGCAACGAAUGAAAACAUGUAACAGACCUAGGCUGGGAACGUCCACUUUAAUUGAGCAAAAAGCCAAUGGGACUUUUAAAAUUAGACAUAAAUGGAGUUGUAGAAACACAGAUUGUGAGGCGCUGGGGGAGGCAAGAGGAGGCUGAUUGAUUCAGUUGCGUCCGCUGCCAAGGCGCUAGGCGCGCGAGCGACGGAAUGGUUGAGUCAGUUGCGUCGGGUUCUGCUCUAUAUAAACUCGGGCAAGGCAGCCAGACAGAUCAGUUUGGAGAGCUCCUGGAAGCGGUGGGUGUGGUUGGUUGCGUCGCAGAUCUGCAGGAGGCGCCAGCGGCUGGAGGAGGAGGCGGCGAGGUGGAAGUGGCGGCGGUGGCCUGACCAGUCUUUUGCCUGUGAAUGCAGCAGGGGAGAAAUGCGAAAAAUAACCUCGGUUUCCCACGCUUCUACAGAAGUAGCUGCAGCUACUUCUGUGGUGCCCAAGAAGAGAGGGAGGCCGUCUCUUCCAGAUCUCAUUCUCCGAGCUGUCUGCUUCGCCACAGCCCGUAAAGGCGCCUCUCUGGUUGCCAUCAAGAAGGCGCUGUUGACGGACGGCUACGACGUGCAGAAGAACAACGGGCGCCUGAAGGCGGCGCUCAGCAAUCUUGUUAGCAAAGGGCUCCUGCAGCGGGUCACGGGCAGCGGCAUCUCGGGGUCCUUCAAGCUCAGCAAGCAGCAGAAGGGAGGCGCCCUGAAAACCACGCAGAAAAAAACGGCCGUCAAAAGACCCAAACCCCAGAUCGUGGCCCGGAGGACUCCGAAAAAAAUUAAUCUGCCGGUAGCUAGAACGGCAAAGGGAAGUAAAUUGGCUGUUAAGAGACCUAAAGCGCACAGGGAUCCGGCCAAACCCAAGGAGAGACCUGCAGUCCGCGGUAAAGCCGCUGUCAAGAGGCAUUAAUCUGAACUAACAUAAAACUCAAAGGCUCUUUUAAGAGCCGCCCUCAAUCUUCAUUAAAGGAGCUAAGGUUCCGAUGGGAGGGAAUGAAAACUGCCUUGAAUUUAAGAUACAAUGGAAAUUUGUAGCAGGGGAAAUUUUACUUAGUUUUAGUCUAUCCUAUUCAAGAGUAGCAAGAUAACAUAAUGUAAACAAAUAGCGAACGUUGCUAUGGGGCAAUUAAAAGUUUAUUAACAUAUCGA